GCGGAAUCUCCCACCAAACGGACUAGAGGGAGACGGACGGGCUGGGGAUUACUAAAAUCUCUCACGUUAACGGGGAUAAAAGUGAAAAUCUCCGGAUUUUGAGGAUAAUUUUAAAGCAACAAGGAAAAGGCUCCAUGAAUGUACGUCACAAUGAUGAUGACAGACCAGAGUCUGGACUUGCCGCCAGCCUUGCUGAGCGGUGAAAUGUCCAUGAUGCCCCACAUGAUGAACAGUGAUGCGUCGCAGCAAGUCAUACUGGUACAGGUGAACCCGGGAGAAACAUUCACAAUAAGAGCUGAAGAUGGGUCUCUGCAGUGCAUCCAAGGUCCUGCUGAAGUCCCAAUGAUGUCACCCAAUGGCUCCAUCCCUCCUAUCCAUGUUCCACCAGGGUACAUCUCCCAGGUUCUGGAGGACAACACUGGCGUCCGUCGGGUGGUGGUCACGCCACAUUCAGAGUGCUACCCCCAAAGCUAUUCACCGGCCAUGUCGCCCACUCACCACCUGCACCCAUACCUGACGCACCCUCACUUCAUCCCUGGCACUCAUACGGCCUUCUACCCGCCUGCCAGCACAGGGGACCUGGCCCUGCAUCAGUACUACCAUCACCGCCUGCCCCCCAUGUAUGGAGAGGAGAUCAUUCCUCUCUAUGGGAUGUCCGGCUGUAUGGGGCGGGAGGAUCCGUACAGCAAGCCUCAGCCCAAGAAGGCGAAGGAGAGGCAGCUGGACAGACAGAACCGGCUCAACAGCCCGCCGUCCUCCAUCUACAAGAGCUCCGUCACCUGCUCCUCCACCCCGGCCACCUACAACGGCUACGGCAAGGGCCACACCAGCACAGGCGUCAACCUGGGCGUGGCCGGGGGAGGGGGCGGAGGGGGAGGCGGAGGAGGAGGAGGCGGGCCAAUCAAGAAGACGGACCGUCGCGCCCAGAGCAGCUCCAGGAACGAGCUGGACCUGCAAGAUCAUGAAUCUGAAACAAAGAGCCUUCAGGAAAAGCUUUCAGGAAUGGGCAAACCACAGGUUUCGGGUGUCCAGGCUCGUGCUGGCAGGCUGAGCUGGGCGCCCCCUCCGGGGCUGCAGAAGGGGAACGGGAAGGCAGGCGGGCUCCCCGGCUCCUGCAGCUACGAGGUCACGCUGUCCGACAAGGGCCCAGACGGCAAAUAUAAAGUCGCGUACUGUGGAGAUGAGUUGGAGUGUAAUCUCACUGAUCUGAGACCAGCAACAGAAUACCAUGUGAGAGUGAACGCUAUGUGCAAUGAUGUGAGAGGGUCCUGUUCAGAGGCGGGGGCCUUCACCACCCUCAGCAGCAUUCCCGAUUGCCCCUCCCCACCCCGGCUCUCCCAUAGGACCAAGAGCUCCCUCACUCUCCAGUGGAAGUUUCAGCCCCCCGUAGACAACGGAUCAAAAAUCACCAGUUACCUUUUAGAGUGGAAUGAGGGUAAAAAGAACGGCAGUUUCAAAGAAUGUUAUUUUGGGACCCAAAGGCACUGUAAGCUGACACGUCUGUACCCAGCCAUGGGGUACUCUUUUCGACUGGCAGCGAGGAACAGCAUGGGCACCAGUGACUUCAGUCCAGAAGUGCUCUUCUACACAAUUGGAAACCUCCCCCAGUUGCCCCUGGCGCCACGGCUGGUCCGUGCGGGGGUCACGUGGAUUACGCUGGAGUGGAGUCCUACUGACUGCUGCAAGGCCGACGAUGUCAUCACCUACAUCUUGGAGAUCCAGGAGGAGCACAAUGGAGGUGAGUUCCAGCCCAGGUGCUGCGGAGGGAAGCUGUCGUGUACGGUGGACGGUUUGAAGAGGAGCACGCAGUACAAAUUUAGGCUGGUGGCCUCCAGUUCAGAGGGUAGGAGCAGCCCCAGUGCAGUCCUGGUGUGCAAUACAAGUCCUGACAAGCCAGGCAUGCCCACUGAGCUCCACCUGAAGGGGGCAGUCACGCCCAACAGCUUCUGCGUCACAUGGGACUCACCAGAAGACAACGGAGGCUCCGAGAACCUGACAUAUCUCUUGGAAAUUUUGGAAGGAGACUCUGACGGGAGUCCGUGGGAAAUUGCAUACAGCGGGCCCAGCACAGAACACAUGUGUGACCAGUUGAAACCUGGCACUUUCUACAGACUGCGAAUCUGCUGCAUCAGCACGGGCGGCCACAGUCAGUGUUCAGAGAUCGGGCCGGUCCGAACACUUAACGUGGCCCCGGGCCCCUGCCAGCAACCGAGGAUUGUGGGUAAAGCUAAACACAAAGAGGUGCACUUAGAGUGGGACUGCCCAUCCUCUGGGGGGGAGAACGAGGUGUCUGAGUACAGCUUGGAAAUGGGUGGAGUGGACCAGGACCCAGCCGAGGUGUACCGUGGACCCAGCCUGGAGUGCACAGUGGCCAGCCUGCUUCCCGGCACCACCUACAGUUUCUGCCUGCGAGCCGCCAAUGAUGCCGGGUUUGGACCGUACUCUGAGGCUACAGAGGUUACAACCGCAGCUGGUCCUCCUGGCCAGUGUGGGGCACCAGUCCUGAGCGUGACGUCUGAUUCCUGCAUCCUAGUGAGCUGGGAGGGCCCAGAGACGUCAGGGACUGACAUAUCGGAGUACCGGUUGGAGUGGGGCCAUGACGAAGACUCACUGGAACCAAUCUACUUUGGUACUGAAACCCAGUAUGAAGUAUCGGGCCUGGCACCAGCAAUAUAUUACUGCUGUAGACUACAGGCAGCCAAUCAGGCGGGAGCAGGGCCCUACAGCGAGGUGGUGGGAUGCCAGACCCCGCCGACCACACCCGGGCCCGUCCCGGCCUUCUUCCUCACGGAGUCUGACCCCACGGACAGCCAGACGUUUUUCCCCUCCACCUGCCUGGCCCUGAAGUGGGAGGCACCCUGCAACAACGGGUCAGAGGUCACAAGUUACAAAAUCGUGAUCGGCGACGAGCUCAUCGCCGUCGGUCACCUCACCUGUUACGUGAUUCGGGGCCUGGAGCCAGACAGCGAGUACAGUCUCAAGAUCCAGGCCACCAACGAGAUCGGCGCAGGCCCGUUCUCCCAGGCCCUGCAGGUCCGGACCCGGCCUCUGCCUCCAGAGCCCCCUCACCUGGACUGCGCUGCCUCAGGACCCCAGAGCUUGAAGCUAAAGUGGGCCGACAGCAGCGGUGCUAAGAUCCCACAUAGCGACAAUGUGGCCUACGUCCUACAGAUUGAAGACAGGAACCAGAGGUUUCUGACAAUCUACGGGGGGCGGAGCCACACCUACAAGGUGCAGAGGCUUACAGAGUCAAGCAGCUACACCUUCAGGAUACAGGCGGUGAGCGAGGUUGGAGAGGGACCUUUCUCCGACCCCUACACCUUCUGCACCACCAAGUCCAUGCCCCCUGCUCUCAAAGCCCCCAGAGUGGUCCAGCUGGAGGGAAACAGGUGUGAGGUCACAUGGGAAACUGUACCACCAAUGAGAGGAGACCCGGUCAGCUACAUCCUUCAGGUCCUGGUCGGGCGGGAGUCGGAGUACAAGCAGGUGUAUAAAGGAGAGGAGGCCGGGUUCCAGGUCUCAAGCCUGCAGUGCAACGCAGAGUACCGCUUCCGUGUGUGUGUGUGCCGGCACUGUGGGGGAGGCCCACAAGAGCUGCACGGACCCUUCAGCCCCGCCUCGUUCUUAUGUCCCCGCCGGGCAGAGCUGCCGUUUCCCGGGGGACCAGUGGCCUCCGAGGUGGGCAAGGCCCACGGCUUCAUCUCCUCGGAUGAACAGUUUGCGGCCCUCAUCGUCCUGGGCUUCGCUGCCCUCUCUGUCCUCAUGGCCUUCAUCUUACAGUUCUUCUUCAUCGAGUGAAGAAAGGUUCACCACAUUCUUGCGAAAGGACAGAGAAAAGUAUGGGGAGUGGGGAACUUGAGGUAUAUUUUUUAACUUUAAGUCAACAUGUUUUAUUCCCAUAUGCAUAUGUAUUUCUCUCCCACUAUGUCUCUGUCUUUCCAAAUCUCAUUGUUUCUCUACCCUGUCUACAUUCUCACGUUCAGGUUUUCGGCAUCUUCUUUGUCUUUGGGAUAGAUUUAACCUUCACAGGAGUCUUUACCUUUGCUAUGCAUUGACUGGGAAAGCAAAAGCCUUAAACUCAAAAGCCUUAAAGAUAGCUAUUAUUUGCAUAUGUGUGUAUCUUUCAACAACAAAAAAAAGAUUUUUCUUACAUACAUUGAUAGCCUUUAUUUUCACUAUUCUGCCUUGGCUAGCUUCUACUUUUUAUCCCAUAUGUGUCCUUAAUGUGGAUUGUCUUUGCUAAUCCCAGUUUUCUUUGCCCUGCAGUCACCGUGAUUUACAUGCAAUGCUGCUAUCCUGUGUUUUUAAAAGAAUGAAACCGUAUACUUUAAUGGUUUUCUGUAGAGAUGUUGAGAAACAAAUAAUUGAUGUAUUCACACACACAUAACAGUAAUUAUAUGGCAUUUAAUGUAAAUGCCCUUAACAGCAUGUUACUUCUUAAGAACAAUAUUAAAUGUAUUAAAGUAAUUCGGUAUAAAAGGGCCUUGUUUUGAAGAAUCACAGUGUUGUGUUUAUAAGCUUGGCUGGUAGCUUGUCUGUUCAAGUGGAGCAGGUGGCAGAUAACAACAGUUUGCUUAUGGCCUUAAACUUUGACACAGAGAGGAAUGCAUUGAUAUGGCAUGCUGACACUUAUUAUCUUCCCCUAGCUGUCUGGAGUUCACUCAUCUCCAACACCUCACCCUUAUGAAAAAAAUACAACAGCCUAAUAACAUCUUCUCUCCUCUCUCCUCUCUCCUCUCUCUCUCGCUGCAUCUUUUUCAUUAGGAGACCAACAAUAUAACACCAGUGCACAUUCCAGAAUUAUCUCUUCAAAACCAUUUGCCAGCUAUGUUCAAGAAUUUCACUAUUCCAAAGAGUAUUUCCACCAUUUCCACUCUCACUUUAGAAGGGCUUUUACAUCAACAUUGGGGGAGAAGGAAAGCGGUUUGAGCAUUGCAUUACCUCAGGGACACAGAUCUUGAAGGGAAAAAUAGAGCACUAUGUUUUUAGAGCUUCAAACCAUACAUUUUACAUUGUGACAUCACUGCCAUCUUGAUCAUGGCAUCCUGACUCUAAGCCCCUUCUCCCUCUUUCAAUGUCAUUGCUUCUGUUUCUCCCUUCCCCAAGCUUUACCUGCAUUGUGGUUUACACAAGUAAUAUUGUUCACUAGUUAAAAAAAUACCUUAACCAAAGUUAAUGGGAAAUAAGAUAUGGUAAGAUAUGAUUAUUUAUACUUUAUAUUGCAUAAAGUACUUUAAAUGGCAAUUAUAGUGCAAUCUUCAUCUAUUUAUUUUGAAAAUAUUAAGCCGAGUAGCAAUAUCACUUUCCCCCUUGUAGUAUGUUUUUUUCCCUGUUUUUAUGUUUAUUUUAGGUUUAUAAUUACAGGCCAGCAUUCCAAUAAUCAAUAAUCCUUUAUGUUUUUUGUCCUCAUAGUUGUUGUUGAUUGUUUGUUGAAGUUCUUCCAUUAAUUGGCGACAUGUAGCAUAUUAAAUGUCAAUAUCAUUAAAGACAAUGUUUACAUGUAACCAAAAGCAUAUUCAUCUCCUUUCAAAUAUGCUUUAUUUUCAGAGAUGUAGCACAUGUUUAGCAAGGUUAUUGUUUUCCAUAACAUAAAUAAAUUGCAGUAGCUCAAUUUGUAAUAUGCUAUGAAAGUGCAGGAUUAUCAAAGUAAUAUGUAGGUGAGAAUGCACAUAACCGACUGACACACUCAGUCCAAAUAAAACGAUGCCUCUCAUUAGUUCACACGGCAUCUGUACUUUUUAACGAUGCCUAAACUAACAAAGCUUGGUAAACUGCUGUAUAGCAUAUCUCAUGUUCACGCUUUUUGUUUUAUUUUUCUCUAAUGUAAGUUAAUUAACGUUUGUCACUGACUUAAUUGACGUUAAUGUCAUUAGCCUACUUGGCUAAGGAACAAUGUUUUACAUCUAGCUAGUUGGCUAGUUGGUACAUGUAAUGUUCACUAGAAGUUGCUGAACAUAAAAGAACACUAAAAAAGACCACUUUCCCAGUCAUUGCAAUGUGGGCAAAGGAAGGAACUAUGUUGUCAGCAAUUCUAGUGAUGUACUGUUGGCACUUUCAUGGCAUUUUUCAAAAUGGUGUUCUAAAAACCUUUACCAUACUGUUUGCCAUAGCAAAGGCAUUUCCACUUCAUUUUCAUUUGUAUUUAAAGGCUUAUAUGACAAAUUCUUUGUGACAGUGUACAAUUAUAUUAGACUGUUCCCUGAUAUAUUUGCCUAUUUUGUCAAAUGGAAUGUGCCAUUUAAUUGUUUAACCCUUUUGAAAGGGUUUUUAAGAAAUUAUUUCACACUGAGAAGAAAACAAUCCUUUUUGCAAUCAAAUUUUUCAUUUCAUUUUUCCCAAUCAUGUUUGUUGGUUUGUUUUUCUUCUUUUCUUUUUUCAUAUUUCACAAGAGAACAUAUCCGGUAUUUUGGUAAUAUUUUUAUCAUUGCAUAUAAUAUGAUGGUUAUACAAUAUAUAACAAAAGUGAAGCAUUUUUUAAGCAAAACUGUAGUCUUUAUUAAAUGUAUCAUUUAAGGAUACUGCUUUAAUUGAGCAAUGUAUUGGUCACACACCUUUCAGUGCUGUUGUAUACAAUGUUUUACGCUGUUGUAAGUAGCACGGAACUCACUGUGCCAAGGUGCAUACAAAAAGGAAGAAACUAACAACUUCACAUUCUAGCUGUACUGUACUGUGCCUGUGUCGGACGGCGGCCAGGUGCCUGUUGUAUCAGGCUUUGGGACAAAGCAAAAUAAGUUCCUCUACUGAACAUGAUCUGGGCAUCAUCACUAACAUCAUUAAUUAAAAUAUUUUAAAUAGAAGCAAGUAGCAGUGAGAAUAUCAGAUUAAGUAUUAUAUAAAAUGCACAAAGAAGGGAUUACUCCUUGUACGUAUUUAGCCAGGUAAAUAAUCACUUUAUGGCUUAAAGGGGCCAAAAAACUUCCAGCUAUGUAGCAACUGCUCCCACUAAUUAUAUUACAUUACAUUAUAUUAAAUUACUGACAUUUGGCAGAUGCUGUUAUCCAAAGCGACGUACAACAAAGUGCAUACCCAUACCCAGGGAUAAGUGCGCUGAAAGACCCUAGAGGGAAGUAAAAUUUCAAGUGCUAAGAAUACAACAAUGAUAAGGACGUUGUCCUUGUAGAUUAAUCUGACAAUGUAUAAAACCGUUUUUAUACAACACAAUGCAAAAGAAUGAUAGGCUUACAUAUGAACAGCAAUGAACAGCUUAAAUAGCCAAUAAUAAUACCAUCCUAGCGAACACAAGUCUAGACAUAAUGACACAUUAUUGUGAAAAAAUAACAGCUAGCAAUCAAUUAGAGAUUACAGGGAGAUAAGGAGGGGUGAGUAGAGGUGCAGCUUGAAGAGGUAUGUCUCUUCAGUCUGCACCUGUAAUUACCAGUAGAAAUAGCAUGUUUAUUUAGCUAGUGCUCCACAAAUAUUUGUGGAGCUACCUGUCUAACUAGUUAAUGCAGAAUAUUUAAGGUAUAAUCUUUUCAUUUUUUAUGUAGUUUCAUCAGGAAUAUGCAACCCAUUGGAAAUGCCAGAAUAAUAAACAGUUCAGCUGGCCUUCCUUCCAUUUAAUUCCUUCGCAUUAUUCUGAGAUCCGCAAUGUUUUGGUCAAGGAACUUAUUUUGCACUACACUAUUUUAGUUGAAUUUGCAUAUUCAAAAUCCAUUUUUAAUAAUAACGGUGCAAGGUGUGUGUGGAAGCAAUCUGAAAGAAAUAUUGGAGUAUGUUUUUUCUAGCAAUAAUGGUAUGUGUAACAAUACAUCAUUUAACAGGACCUCAUUUGAAAAAUUUACUUCUCCCUCCCAGUUUAAAAAGGAAAAGAUUUAUACCUCAAAAAAACAAAAAAAACAUUCCACGUUUUCAUGAUUCACAAUGUUUUUAAUAAUCUUGUAUUAAAAUACAAUUCUUGUAUUGUACAUUUUUAGACCUUAUAUGAAAAUUACUGCCAUACCAAUUGUAUAGUUUUUUGCAAAUACUACCCUAUGAAUGUAAAACUAAACUGUAUCUGUAGCGUAUAUGUAAUAUAUUUAUGCCCAAUAAAUGUUUAAAUUUUUCUGA